UUGGUAUGAUAACACAAUUAACUCCCUAUAAAAGUAUUAGUUCUUGUUACAUCGAAUCAUUCAGUCGUUGGAUUUUGUAAUAGCAAUGGCAAUGAAGGUCUUGAUUGUCGCUGUUCUUGCCUGCAUACUGGCAGCGCAAGCUUUACCCUUCGGGACCGGUAUGGGCAUGAUGGGCCCGAUGAUGCCUGGUGCGAUGGGAGGAGGCAUAAUGCCCGUAGGUGGUGCAAUGCAUUCCGGUGGAUACGGCGGUAGUGGAUUUGGACAGGGUUCCCAGGGUUACGGCCAACAAGGUUUCCACGCAGGCGGCGCUCAAGGAGGAUUCUCCAAAGGUCAUGAUGACAGUCAGUUCACACAGAUUACCAACGCCCAACACUCCGCUGGCCACGAAAUGGGUGGCGGCAGCAGCUUCGGAACUGGAGGUGGAAGCUCCGGUGGCUUCGGAAACUACGCUGGUGGACAACAAGGCUACGGCGGAGGGUUUGGAAGCGGGUUCGCUGGAUAAAUUUAUCAAAGGACCAGUCCAAUAAACGAAUUAGAAAACGACUUUAUAUAUAUUUAUUGAAUGUAUAUCGAUUGAAUGAAAUACAUAUAUAUUAUUUA